AUGUUCAUUAUCGCUGGAUGCACUCUAGCGAUUUUUACAGACUCAUUUCUCUAUGGCAUUGUGGUCCCUGUAUUCCCUUUUAUAUUAGUCGAGCGGGCAGGAAUAGCACCGAGUAAUGUCGGACCUUGGACGUCGGCACUAUUAGCCUGCUACGCUGGAACCAGUCUAAUUGUUUGUCCCAUUGCGGGCUACAUGACAGACUAUUUCUCCUUGCGUCGGACAACUUUUGUCAUCGGCCUUGCCGCCCAGGCCAGUGCUACCGUUCUACUGUGCACCGGCUCGUCUAUCGCCAUUUUAACGCUCGGACGAAUCCUCCAGGGAGCUUCAAGUGCCAUCACAUGGACAGCGGGGCUCACCCUUGCAUCAGAUACUGUUGGAAAAGAUGAAAUCGGGAGGACCAUGGGCUUCUGCAGCCUUGGAAUGAGCCUGGCCAUGUUCGUGUCUCCACUUGUGGGAGGAGUGUUGUUUGAACACAGUGGCUACAACUCAGUUUUUGGUCCAGCAUUUGUGCUCCUCUCAGUGGAUAUAAUCUGGCGGUUGACGAUAAUAGAAGGAGACGUUACCACUCAGCGGACAAGCUCACGAGGCCAAGGAUACUGGACAUUCGCCUAUGGAGACCAUGGUACACCCAGUAUUAUCCCAUCGCCUUUAUGGCAGGAAGUCCCUGGGCUGGAGCUCCUCUCUCCGAGAAAUCAAGAGUUCGGUCUCGAAAAUCCAUUUCAAAGCGAAAAUAUCACCCUUGUGACUCAACAGCUUAGCCAUACGGGGCAACGGAUUAGGCCGUGGAUUAUCAUUCUCCGAGAUAUCAGGCUACAAGUUGCGCUGUGGGCCAGCCUUGUCCAAGUCACGUUGACUACUUCCUUGGACGCUGUUUUGCCUCUGUUUGUCCACCGGGUGUUCUCUUGGGGUCCGCAGGGGGCUGGACUUAUAUUCAUCCCUGUUGUAGCCCCAUCGCUACUGGCGGUCUGUAUAGGCAAACUCACCGACAAAUUUGGGCCUAAGUGGCUUGUUAGCGUUGGAUUUCUUGCUGCAGUUCCGGCAUAUAUAUUAUUGCGGCUGGUUAAAGAUGACAAUGUUGGGCAGGCCAUUUUGUUAUGUUUCCUGCUGAGUUUAUUGAGCACGGCAAUGACCUUUGUGUGUGGGCCAUUGAUGGCGGAAAUCACCUUAGCAGUAGAGGCAAGGGAACGGAGUCAUCCUGGGAUUUCUGGUCCUAGGGGGGCGAUUGCGCGGGCACACGCCUUCUAUUUCGUGUUUGUUUCUGGGGGACUGCUGGUAGGCCCGCUUUGGGCAGGCAUGGUGGAAAAAGUGGCAGGCUGGGAGACAAUGACUUGCACUUUUGGCCUCUUCAGUGGCCUCAUGGUGAUCCCGACGAGCCUUUUCACUGGCGGAGUCAUCAAAUUGAGAGGAUUCACGUCCUAA